GAAGCGCAUGCUCGUGGCGCGUGCAUGAGCCUCUCGAGCCGACGUGCGCGCGCCCCGCGUCCGAGGCGAUUGAUAACCGGGAGUUGGGUGAAGCGCUGUUCGAGGUGACUAAAGGCAAAGCACGCGUCGAAAGGACGGUUCCAGGAGCCUUUCUAACGGCGGAAAGGCCCUGACGACCGCCGCGACCGUGUUUGGGACCCGGCCGCGCAGGGGCUGCGGGAGGCCUCGUGCGUCAGGGCGGCCGAGCUCGGCCUGCCGGUUGGGGGAGGGGUCGGGGUGGAGCCUGAGGCUGGGGGACCUGCGGCGGCGGUUCUUUUCCCCACCCCCACCCCCAGAGCUUUCGCUGCCGGGGAGCCGGAGAGAAUCGUCCCCUUUGAUUGUGGCCCGGAAAAGAGUGGGAUGUCGUCAAGAAAUCGUUACGCUGGGUAACAGUCGGAAUACCAGUUAAAUGUUGACCUCUCUCGUUCGCGGCCGGCCGCGAAGUUCCUUACAUUGAAAAACAACGCAUCUGCUAUCGGUGUUCCCGGGCUUGAAAAACCAGCCCUGUCACCGGUGAGAGGUCCGGUUCACGCUGCGCGCCCGCCUGUGAGGAAGGGAGGAGAUUUAGUGGCGCUAUAAUCUUAAUAUUUUAUACCUGGCAGGGAAGCGUAAAAUCCAGUCCAGACAGCUCCAGACCCUCGCUGCUGUGGUGAAGGCAAUUAUUUCCAGUGAGAUAAGGAAACCAGUGCCCGGCAUUCUUACCAGCUUUCUACCUGCCAUGAUCAAGUGCUUGUCAGUUGAAGUACAAGCCAGAUUGCGUUCUGGUUUGGCUAUAUGUUCCUUAGGCCAGUGUGUUGAGGAGCUUGCCCUCAACAGUAUUGAUGCUGAAGCAAAAUGUGUGGCUGUCAGGGUGAACAUGGAAACCUUCCAAGUUCAAGUGAUAGACAAUGGACUUGGGAUGGGGAGUGGUGAUAUAGACAAGGUGGGAAAUCGUUAUUUCACUAGUAAAUGCAACUCUCUACAGGACUUGGAGAAUCCCAGGUUUUAUGGUUUCCGAGGGGAGGCCUUGGCAAGUAUCGCUGACAUGGCCAGCGCUGUGGAAAUUUCAUCCAAGAAAAACAGGACAGGGAAAACUUUUGUGAAACUGUUUCAGAAUGGAAAAGCCCUGAAAGCUUGUGAAGCUGACUUGACUAGACCAAGUGCUGGGACAACCGUAACAGUAUAUAACCUGUUUUAUCAGUUACCUGUAAGAAGGAAAUGCAUGGAUCCUAGACUGGAGUUCGAGAAGGUUAGGCAGAGAAUAGAAGCUCUCUCACUCAUGCACCCUUCCAUUUCUUUCUCUUUGAGAAAUGAUGUUUCUGGUUCUAUGGUUCUUCAGCUCCCCAAAACCAAAGAUGUAUGUUCCCGAUUUUGUCAAAUUUAUGGACUGGGUAAGUCCCAAAAAUUAAGAGAAAUAAAAUUUAAAUAUAAGGACUUUGAGCUUAGUGGCUAUAUCAGCUCUGAAGGACAUUAUAAUAAGAAUAUGCAAUUUUUGUUUGUGAACAAAAGACUAAUUUUAAGGACAAAGCUGCAUAAAUUCAUUGACUUUUUACUGAGGAAAGAAAGUAUUAUUUGCAAGCCAAAGAAUGGCUCUGCUACUAGACAAAUGAAUUCAAGUCCUCGGCAUCGGUCUAACCCAGAACUCCAUGGGAUAUAUGUAAUCAAUGUGCAGUGCCAGUUCUGUGAGUAUGAUGUGUGCAUGGAGCCAGCAAAAACGCUGAUGGAAUUUCAGAACUGGGAUACUGUUUUGGUUUGCAUUCAGGAAGGAGUGAAAAUGUUUUUAAAGAAAGAAAAAUUAUUUGUGGAAUUAUCAGGUGAGGACAUUAAAGAAUUUAGUGAAGAUAAUGAUUUUAGUUUAUUUAGUGCUACUCUUCAGAAGCAUGUGCCCUCUAAUGAGAAGGGUGACCAGGCCAGUUUCCGAGAAGCAUGUAAUAGUAUUUUGGAUUCCUAUGAAAUGUUUAAUUGUCAAUCAAAAGCUGUGAAAAGAAAAGCUGCUAUAGAAAACAGAAGAAACACACAGAAUUCUAGAGAUUCAGAAGAUCUCAGAAAAGAGACAGAUGAUUCAUUUUUGUACGUUUAUGAAUCAGACGGCCCAGGCCAUAGUAAAGCAAUAGAGUCAUCUUUACAAAUCAAAGAUAGCUCUUGCUCAGAAUCAAGGAUCUUAGAACAACAGACAGCUGAAGUAUCAGAAUCAGGAGAAAAUGAAAAACAUAAAGAACUUUGCUUAGAACUUAACUGUUCAGAAGAUCCCUGUGGAACCAGUUCAGAAAUGUUUGCAAGCCCUUUUCAGACAUCAUACUGCUUUGAGAAGAGUGGGGAUGAUUUAGAAAUACAGAAUGCAAGUACUAUUGUUAAUGGCAUGGCUACCAGUAUCCUGGAAAAUAAUGGAACCCAGAAUCAACUAGAGAGAUUUAAAGAUGCUACCAAAAUGGGAUGCCAACCUCUGCCUUUUGCGCCAACAUUAUUGAGAGUACAUGGUGCUCAGAGGGAGGAAGAGAAAAGGAAAAAACAACCUAGUAAUUGUGGAAGAAUAAACAUUUUUAGUUAUGGACAAGUUAAGUUAUGUUCCACUGGCUUUAUAACUCAUGUGGUACAAAAUGAGCAAACUAAAUCAACUGAAAGAGAACAUUUGCUUAAAAACUAUAUUCAACCUGGUCCUGUGAGUGCCAAAGAAACAUUUGUAAAUAGAGCGUGCCAUUCAGUUGAGACUCCAAACAUCAAAGACAGAACUAGCACUUUAAGUAAAGAAUUUGCUCAGCUGUCUAACAAAAAAUUAUGCAGAACAAAUACAAAUUUGGGGCUAGAGAACAAACCUAUAGCAACUUAUAAAAAUGUUUCUAUUUCUCAGGAAAGUAGUAAAAAAUCACACAUAGGUUGCUUGUUACCUGACACAUCCUCUUCUUCCCCUUGGUGUAUACCUCUUUCAAAUGGUAGUACGAAAAUAGACGAAUUGAUUGGUUCCUCCAAACCCAUAGCCCGUAAGAAGCUAAGAUUAAGUUCACAACUGGGAUCUUUAGAGAAGUUUAAGAGGCAAUAUGGGAAGGUUAAAAAUCCUCUGAAUAUAGAAGUAGAAGAAAAUAAUAAUUUUGAAAUCUCUACCAGUCUCAGUCCUCAAAUAGAACCUGACAUUCCAUGGACAGACCAAAAUCACUUGGACAACUCAGACAUUUGUAAAGUCACUAGUAGACAUGAAGACCCAGAUAAUAGUUGUCAAACAGUAAGUCACAUCCUUUACUCAAAGAAGUUUCCAUUCUCCAAUGAAGAAGAUUGUUUGGAACAACAGAUGCCUUGCUUACGAGAAAGUCCUAUAACUCUAAAGGAGUUAUCUCAUUUUAACAGAAAACCUUUGUGUGUCAAGCAGUCUCCUAAAUCUUUAGCCUCUAAAUUAUCCAGAAUGAAAGGUUCGGAAAGAGAGACUCAAGCAAUGGAAGUGAUGAGUCACUUUUAUGAACUUCCACUAUCAGAUUCCAGGAGGAAAGACCAUGACUUGUGCAGUGGGUUAACCUUAGAUUCUUGUAAGUUAUUUCAAAGUGAAUAUGAAAAAACAGAGAGUGGCAUCAUUCCAAUGUUGGACUCUAUCACACAGGAUAAUUCCUUCAAUAAGGAUAGUGAAACAUACUCUAACAACAAAACAGAGAACUCUGUGAUACCAGAAACUCCUUUGGUGUUACCCUGUAAUCAUUCUAAUGUUGUCAGUAAAGAUUCAGAUGUUCUUGUGGCUUCAGAACCACAGAUAGGAAGUCCUGACUCUCCCAGUAGAAUGUCAGUGGGUCACGUGGAAGAUUCCACCUCUGACCAAAAUGGACCGUGUUUUCAGAGUGAAGAGUUUAUAGCAAGAACUUGUUCUGUAGAUGAAGAGUCAAGCACAUGUUCUUUGGAUUGGCAGCAGCAUUUUGAUGUGGCCCUGGGAAGAAUGGUUUACAUCAACAAAAUAACUGGACUCAGCACAUUCACUGCUCCCACUGAGGAUGUUCGGGCUGCUUGUACUAAAGACCUAACAACUGUAGCUGUGGAGGUCAUACAUGAGAAUGGAUCUCAGUACAGGUGUCAUCCUUUUAGAAGCAACCUCGUUCUUCCUUUCCUUCCAAGAGCUCGGGAAGAGAGGACUGUGAUGAGACAGAAGACCAGAGAUACGGUGGUGGAUGAUCCUGUAGGUAGAGAAUCACUUCAGUCUUUGUUCUCAGAAUGGGAAAAUCCAGUAUUUGCCCGUUAUCCAGAGGUUUCUGUUGAUGUAAGCAGUGGCCAGGCCAAAAGCUUGGUGGUUAAAAUACACAAUGUCUUAUAUCCUUAUCGUUUCACCAAAGAAAUGAUUCAUUCAAUGCAGGUUCUCCAGCAAGUGGAUAACAAGUUUAUUGCCUGUUUAAUGAGCACCAAGACUAAAGAGAAUGGCGAAGCAGGUGGAAACCUGCUGGUUCUAGUGGAUCAACAUGCUGCCCACGAGCGUGUCCGUUUAGAGCAGCUGAUUACGGAUUCCUAUGAGAAGCAAAAGCCACAGGACUCUGGUCGGAAAAAAUUACUGUCUUCCAUUGUAAGUCCUCCACUAGAGAUAAAAGUGACAGAGGAACAAAGGAGACUCUUACGGUUAGUACCAUCAUGAGAAUGUGAUAGAUACUUAACAGUAUAACCUCUCACAGUAAUUCUGUGAGGUAUAACUGUUCCUUUUUUCAGGUGAGACACCUGAGACCAAAGUGAGUUUACAUGACUUCUUCAAGGUUAUAACAACUCUUGAGUGGUGGAUCAGUCUUUCAGAUGCAGGUCUUCUGACUCCAAAUGCUCCUCUUUCCACUAUAUCACAGCUGUUGAGUAUAGGAUAGAGUUUCCUUGAUAAUUUUUUCCAGCAGUUGGCUUAGAAUGCUCUUACCAUUUCUUGGAAAAGUCCGUGUUUAUGCUGUGUUGUUUCUGAAAGCAAAGUUACUGCAGUAAUUGCUUCCAUUCUGCUUUGCCUUGGUGCAUUCUAGAUUCUUAGUUUUCAUUACCAUAAUCAUACUGGGAAGAAAGUAAAACACUGAGCCAUGAGGAAGGGGUAAAUCAUAUGGUGAGUCACAAGAUAGGACGCUGUCCCACUUUUGAGCAGCAGAGAUUAUUGGAAAUUAAAAAAGAAUUGUCUCUGAAUAUAUGUUUGGUUUGGGAAUAUGCAAUUGCCAAUAAAUCUUCUUCCCUGGGGCAUAAUUUAUAAUAGAAACAGAUCCAUUUAUUUACAUGCUGUUAAUCAGGACUUCUCAGUUCCUAGGGCUGUUAAUUACCUCCCUGCUUUAAUGCUGAUUCAAAACAUUCUCAGCCCUUUUUAUUUGUGCCGAACUCCUUGAACUGCCAGCAAUGAGGAGAAGUUAGCAAUUCGCCAGUGAAGAAUAAAAACUUAGGAACAAGACUUAGAAACAAACUUGAUUCUCUCAAUGGAAAAGAGAUAAAAAGAUGAAAGUUACUAUAAUUCAAAAAGGAAAGUUGAUGAUAAAAUCCUAAACAAAUGACCAUAAGUAUGAGAAAAACAGUACAACUCUUAAAACUUGUGGCUGCUUUUGAGAAACUCUCCAGUGUUUGGAACUCAUAGUAAAAUGUGAAUGAAGUAAUACUUUUGUAAUUGAGGUUAUCU